GUGAAAUUCGCGUCAGUUGUGGAUUUCCGCCUCGGCAUUUCGACGCAUGUCGUCGUUUAAAGACGCGCUUUUUUCGUGAGUGCGAACUAAGAAUGCCCCAAAAACGUCAAUUCUGACCGCAGAUAACAGAGAGGAAGGAGGAGGAUUAGUGUCCGUCCCGUUUGUGAUGUGUGAGGGCCGAAUGGAGGAUAACACGAGAGGCGUUCCUUGUGCAGAGGACAUGCAGUCGACGUCAAACGAGGGGCAAAAGCAGUACCGGACGAAAGCUCUCUGGAAAAAUGCCGUCCGAAGAGUGUCAAGCGAACGAAAAAAGCGCAAUUUUGCGACUAUCGUCUUUACUAUGAUGAGCCACGACGAUUCCAGAAAUGUCAUCAAACAGGAAAGCACCGAUAUGGAACCACCAAGCGCCACCAGUACUCUUCGAAACGGCAAAAUUGACGACCACUGUGAUUUUUUCAACAGUUGUAGUCAUCAAGACUUCUUCGCGAGAGAUGAUGAGUGCACAGAUGCGGCGAGGGAGGAUUUUGCCAGUGUCUUCAAACGGGGGAUGAUGUACAAAGGGAUUUACUGGCCGAGUCUCACUAAUAGUUUUCAAUGCAAGCAUUUGGAACUUGCCUAUCUGAGGUAUUCUCAUCGUCAAAGACAGAAAGCUCUGAUUAUAGUGAACAUCGUGGAUUUGUUGCUCAAGGCCGCUUUGAUCAUAAUUUGGGCCUUCAUUUCUACCAACAAUUCGUGGCAAAAUGAGUACCCGAGUAAUAUUGUGUGGUCGGUGUGUUGUAUGUCCAUAAACAUCGCGAUUUGUAUUUUGGGGUGGUGGAGGUGUUUCGCCAACAAUUACCUUCAUUGGGCGGCGGUUUGUACGUGGUUGCUUCUCACCACACAAAGUUUUGUCGGAAACGGUUUUGGGUUUAGUAUCAAAGAAGACCUAGUUUGGUACGUACUUUUCACAGUCUUCGUCCCAUACGCCAUGCUUCCUUUACCAUUGCGAUGGUGCAUGAUUGCUGGGUGUUUAUCAGCCGUUGGGCACAUCAUAGUGAUUUCCAUCGAACUUUUUAGCAAACAAUACAAACCAAACGAUGACAAUGAGUGUAAAAUUCGUCGAGUCAUCGCAAAUUUUUUACUCUACGUUGCAGUGAAUUUCGCUGGGAUGUAUACAAAAUAUUUGACGGAUCGGAGCCAACGAAAGGCUUUUCUCGAAACACACCGCUCGAUGGAAACCCGCUAUCGCACCCAAAGCGAGAACGACAAACAAGAGAAACUCCUCCUUUCAGUUCUUCCCGAUUUUGUUGCCAAAGAAAUGAUCAGAGACAUAGAACGCGAGGAGCGCGGAGGUGUCUUCCAACCCCACCAAUUUCACAAAAUUUACAUUCAUCGGUACGAAAAUGUCAGUGUUUUAUUCGCCGACAUUAAGGGGUUUACAGCUCUAGCUAGCCAAUGCAGUGCCCAAGAACUGGUCCGAAUUCUGAACGAACUUUUCGCCCGUUUUGAUAAACUCGCAGCUGAGAAUCAUUGCUUGAGGAUCAAGCUUCUGGGGGAUUGUUACUACUGCGUGUCAGGUUUGCCAACGCCAAGAUCGGACCAUGCCCACUGUAGCGUCGAAAUGGGGCUGCAUAUGAUCAAAGCCAUUCGAGAUACCAGGACCAAAACUCAAGUUGAUUUAAACAUGAGAAUAGGAAUUCACUCCGGAUCGGUCCUUUGUGGGGUCCUCGGGCUCCGCAAAUGGCAGUUCGACAUAUUUUCCUACGACGUGCGUUUGGCCAACCACAUGGAAUCCGGCGGAAUUCCGGGACGUGUCCACAUUUCCGAAUCGACUUAUCAAUGCCUGAACGGGGCUUACGAAGUGGAGCCUGGAAACGGCCAAGACCGCGACUCUUACCUCCGCGAACACGACGUUACAACCUAUUUAAUAAAACAAGUGGAACCCAUGAAACCCCGUCGAAGACUUGCAUCCCGCCCUAGCAUUUUCUCUAAUAAAUUAUGGCCCGACGACGAGAACGGCGGGAGUGCUUUAAGCUCGCCGAAGACGCCAUCCACGCCCGCAUCACCUCCGCCUCAAACUUCCAUCGAAAGAAGCGAUUCCGGGAUCCAGCAAAGCACAGUCGAGGAGGAGAACACCACGGAUUGGACUCCGGAAAUCCCAUUCGAAAAUUUGCAUCAUGCCCUUUCCGGGGACUUGGACGAGGAUCUCGACUCGAUUAAUUACCCCUACAAUAAGCAAAAAUACGACUUGGCGGAAUCCCGGCGCAAAACCGGCACUUUCCGGUCGACUAUCGAGCAAGUGGACGAUAUCAUCGACCACAGCAUUGAAAUUGAGAGUAAUAAACGCAUGCGAAGUGCAAAUGUGAACACUUGGACUCUUAGAUUCAUCGAUAAAGACAUGGAGUAUCAAUUCAGCCAACUCCGCGAAGACAUGUUUAAGUCAAACAUGUUGUGUUGCUUCAUAAUUUGGCUGUUUAUUGUCGUGUGCCAAGUCGUGGCUUUCAAACAACUAAAUAAUGUUGUUAUUGGGUUGUUGACCAUCAUCACUGUCAUUUUAACAUCGAUGAGUGUGCUAGUGAUGGCGGAGGAGUUCGAGCAACUUCCUGAGUACCUCCAGAAGAUUUCUUGCACUUUGGUGCACAACAGACGCAGCCGAACGGCAUUUAUCUGCGGUGUUAUCAUCAUAAUGGCUAUGACGAGUUCGGCUAGUUUGAUUUUAAGAGACGAUGAGCAAGACACCAAACAUUUCGCAAAUUUAACCGAAACGGAUAACACCGUCGAAUUGCUUUUGAAUUUGUUAACGAGUGGACGAAAUGUGACCAUAAUGACUCUAGAUUCACCAAGACAAAACUGUUCAGAUAACAGUUGUUUGAGGAAUUUACUCAAAUCGAUCGAAAUCGACGAAUUGGUCAAAGAAGCCGAAAAUAUCUCACUGCUCAAUAGUGAAAUGACGGCUGUUAUCAAUAGUAUCAACCAAAAAUUAAAAGUUUUGAACCAAACAUUGCUAAGUAUCAAACAUGAAACGGUACGAAAAAAACGCGCACUUACUGACUCGUCCUCCAGUACGACUGAACCCAGUGAAAUAACACCAGGGUGUCCACACCCAGAAUACAUCGUUUUCACGUGGAUUCUAUGUCUUAUUGCGUUAGCCACAGCUUUGAAACUCUACUACUUGAUCAAAUUAUUUCUAGCGAUUGUCAUGUUGACGGUUUACAUCGUACUCAUCCUGGAACCCUACCAACAAGUCUUUAAAAACUCCUGCAGCGGUAACUCGAUUCCGUUGUACUUUCAAAUGACGAUUCUUCUGUGUGUUUUCUUCCUGAUGGUGGCUUACCACGCAAGACUGGUCGAGGUGACUUCGCGUUUGGAUUUCUUGUGGAAACAGCAGGCCGAACGUGAGCUAAAUGACAUGGAAGAGACGCGACAUACGAACACACAAUUGCUGAAGAAUAUUCUUCCGGAUCAUGUCGCUCAGCAUUUUCUGAGUAAUGAGCGUAACAGUGAAGAGUUGUACUCCCAGUCGAGGGAAGAAGUUGGCGUCCUCUUCGCGAGUAUUCCGAAUUUUACCGAGUUCUACUCGGAGGAUAUCAAUAAGGGUUUGGAGUGUAUUAGGCUCUUGAAUGAGAUUAUAGCCGAUUUUGACGAAUUGUUGGACGAGGAGAGGUUUAGUACGAUUGAGAAAAUUAAAACUGUGAGUGCGACAGCCACUUACAUGGCCGCGUCUGGACUUAAUCCGACUCAUAAGGAUUGUUUGAACACGGACAGUCCGGAGCAUUUAUGUGCCCUUAUCGACUUUGCCAUAGCAAUGCGUCAAAAACUAGACGAGAUUAACAAAGAUUCCUUUAACAAUUUUGGACUUCGAGUGGGAGUUUCAUGUGGAAGCCUUGUUUGUGGUGUCAUCGGAGCAAGAAAACCAGUUUUUGAUAUUUGGGGUAACACAGUAAAUGAAGCAUCACGAAUGGACUCCACGGGGGUCAUAGGCCAAAUCCAAGUACCCAAAUACACAGCACAGCUACUUGGAGUACGAGGCUACGAAGUCAAAAAACGCGGAAUAAUCGAGGUCAAAGGCAAAGGGCAAAUGGAGACCUACUUCGUCAUGGGGCGCCAACAAGGCCGCCCUCCCAGCUUCCAACGCCAACCUAGCCACUACAGCACUUUAGCGGCUGUGGUCUACGCCAUGGCCCAAACCCGCCGCAAGCACACAGGACACACUCCUGGAAGUUCGGUGUUGGGCCGCGCCCGCACGCAGCAGAAAAUCGACGUGGGUAAGAAAAUCAUCAAUUAUAGCUCGAUGCGGAUACCCCAUCGGACCCCAGCGUACCCCAUCCGUCGCAACACGACUCGAGCCAGUCAGAGGAACAUGCACGCGAGGUCUCAGCCCAAUAUGCGCCAAUUGGGGUCCGGGAGUCACUUGGAGAACAUCAAAUCGUACAAUCGAUCGAUCGAAAAAGACACUGUGAAUAAUAUUAACAGGAUGAUGGUGUCACAAUCCGCUCCGCAUACCCCCGUGUCAGCCCCCAACCACACCGAAGGCCCCAUUUUCAAAUCAGUCCCCAGAUUGUUAUCCGAACCGAUGGUGGGGUGCCGGUCGAAGUCUUCAUCACCGGCGACUAAAACGAGCAAAUUGGAGAGGAAUUCGCCGCAAUUGGGGGAUAGUUUCAAAGUGCGCUCGUUAGGGCCCCACGUGCCGGUGCACACAUCGCCGAAGCAUUUGAAAAAAGACAAGUUUUUUCUCAAAUCGCCGUUGAUUAAAAGAGAGACGAAAAUUCAACUUGAGAGAGGGGGGAGUAAGGAAAAACCCGAAAGGAUCAACUCGUUGGAUGGCACUCACGUUUAAUCGAUGUUUCUUGGUGUUUCAUUGUGAUAUAGGGGGGUUUAAGAAAAUCUAGUCAUUUUUUUAUUUUGGGACCAAUUUAUUUGGAGGGUCUGUCGCUUUUAUGUUGUAAAUAAAUGUUGUUGGAACGUAG